UAAUUCCAAAAUUCCCAAAUAACCCCUCUGUCUGUCCUGUGUAUGGAAAAAGCCCAACCAGAAGCAGCACCACCACCACCAUCAACAGCACACUACCGCCUCCUCUCUCCUCCCAUUUCUAGGGUUUCCUGCAGAGGGGGGAAAAAACCCUAAGGCUAACCCUAACCCUAAAUCUCUCCAUCAAAUCCAUGGCCAAGACGAAACCAGGCAGAAAAGACCUCGAUUCCUACACCAUCAAGGGCACCAACAAAGUCGUCCGAGCUGGGGAUUGCGUCUUGAUGCGGCCGUCGGACUCCAAUAAGCCGCCGUACGUCGCUCGCGUGGAAAAGAUCGAGGCUGAUCAUCGGAGCAAUGUGAAAGUUAGGGUUCGGUGGUAUUACCGGCCCGAGGAAUCGAUAGGUGGAAGGAAACAGUUCCAUGGAGCUAAAGAGCUGUUCUUGUCUGAUCAUCAUGAUGUGCAGAGUGCUCAUACUAUCGAGGGAAAAUGUGUGGUGCAUUCGUUUAAGAAUUAUACCAAGCUCGAGAAUGUUGGGGCUGAGGAUUAUUUCUGUCGGUUUGAGUACAAGGCUGCUACUGGCGGGUUCACGCCUGAUCGAGUUGCUGUGUAUUGCAAGUGUGAGAUGCCGUAUAAUCCGGAUGAUCUCAUGGUUCAGUGUGAUGAAUGCAAGGAUUGGUUUCAUCCAUCGUGUAUGGGUAUGACUAUUGAGCAAGCAAAGAAAUUAGAUCACUUCCUGUGUUCAGAUUGCUCCUGUCAAGAUGAUGGCAAGAGGUCUGCGAAUGGUUUUCACGAUUCACCUGAGCCAAAGACGGGGUCAAAAAGGAGAAAGAGGUAGUCACAUGCAGGAAAUUGGCUUAAUUUCUCUUUGGCAAAGUGGCAGCAGCUCUUCCACUGUUGUUUUUUGGGUUUUAUGAAAAUUGUACAGUGCAGAGAAGAGAUUGUUCUGGCACUAAGAAUCAGUUCCUUUAGCUUGUAAAAUGUGCUUUAAUUUCGUUGGAAACUCGCGGGAAUAUGUAAUUGUCGCCUUUUUACUUGUAACGUGUUCUUUUGUAACUGCAUUUCUGUUGUGUGAGAUUUCCUCCGUGAAUGAUAAAUGCAAACCCUCUCAUUAUCCUGGGACCUUCAGCUCA